UCGCCCAUUGAGAGAGAGAGAGAUAUAUAUAGCAGAUCGAGAGAGAGAUAUAUAUAGCAGAUCGAGAGAGAUAUAUAUAUAGCAGAUCGAGAGAGAGAUAUAGCAGAGAGACAGAGAAUGAGUAGCGGAGCUGAAGGAAGAACGUUCAUGGAGGUUGGAGCUGAUGGGGUGGCUCUCAUAACCUUCAUCAACCCUCCGAUUAAUUCCCUCUCCUUUGAUGUGAUAGGCAGUUUUAAAAACAACUUUGAGGAGGCCUUACGAAGAGAUGAUGUGAAGGCAAUCGUGCUUACAGGCGCAAAGGGCAAUUUUUCUGGUGGCUUUGAUGUUGCAAUUCUUCAGGGAAUUCAAGAGGGAAAGAUCGAUCCAGAAGAAAGGCCUGGCUCUAUUGCCAUAGAGUUUAUUACCGACAUUUUCGAAGCUGCGGAUAAGCCUUCAGUUGCUGCCAUUGAUGGCCUUACUAAAGGCGAAGGUUUAGAGAUUUCAAUGGUGUGCCAUGCUAGAAUUUCAACCCCCACUGUACAAAUAGCAGCGCUUGAGCUGACUAUUGGAUUGAUUCCUGGAUUUGGGGGUACACAGCGGCUUCCACGUCUUGUUGGUCUCCCAAAGGCACUUGAUAUGAUGCUGAAGUCAGAACCAGUCAAAGGGGAGGAAGCUCAAAGUCUGGGUCUUGUGGAUGCCAUCGUUUCAGCUGAUGAGUUGGUAAACACAGCACGUCAAUGGGCCCUGGAUAUCUUCCACGGUAGAAGACCAUGGGUUGUUACUCUUCACAAGACCGACAAGAUAGAGCCCCUCGGGGAAGCUAGGGAAAUACUCAAGCUUGCAAGAGCUGAGGCCAAGAAACAGGCUCCCAAUGUCCAAUACCCAGUCGUUUGCAUUGAUGUCAUAGAAGAGGGUAUACUUUCCGGUCCCCGCGCUGGACUCUGGAAGGAGGCAGAAGCUUUUCAGGAACUUCUGUUUUCUGACACUUCAAAGAGUCUAGUCCACCUCCUCUUUGCUCAAAGUGGAACAUCUGAGGUACCUGGGGUUACUGAUAUGGGUUUAGUGCCAAGUCGGGUGAAUAAGGUUGGUGUCAUUGGUGGAGGACAAAUGGCGUCCGAAAUAGCAACAGCAUUGAUUCUUGGUAAUUAUCAAGUUCUCCUGAAAGAAGAAAAUGACAAGCUCUUGCAAGAUGGGAUUGGUAGAGUCAGAGCCAAUUUGCAAAGCAGUGUGAAGGAAGAGAAAAUGUCUGAGAAGGACUUUGAGAAAGCCAUAUCACUUCUCGAGGGUGUCCUUGACUAUGAAAGCUUUAAAGAUGUUGACAUGGUGAUUGAGGCAGCUAUUGAGAAUGUUUCUCUAAAGCAACAAAUUUUUGCCGAUCUUGAAAAGUACUGCCCACCACAUUGCAUACUUGCGAGUAGCAUCUCCACAGUUGACUUGAACCUGAUUGGGGAUUUGACAAAGUCCCAAGAUCGGAUUGUUGGAGUUCAUUUCUUUAGUCCGACGCAGCCACUUUUGGAAAUUGUUCGCACUAGGCAGACGUCUCCCCAAGUGAUUGUUGACUUGCUGGAUGUUGCGGAAAAGAUAACGAAAACUCCAAUCGUGGUUGGAAAUUGCCCAGGCUUUGCUGUCAACAGGAUGUUCUUCCCGUACGCACAAGCUGCUACUUUGCUCGUCGAGCGUGGCACAGAUCCCUAUCAGAUUGAUAGGGCAAUUACUGAGUUUGGAAUGCCAAUGGGCCCUUUCAGAUUGGCUGACAUGGUUGGUUUUGAUUUUGCAAUCGCAACUGGCACCCCAUUUGUUCACAAUUUUCCUGAGAGAAGAUAUAAAUCAAUGCUUAUCCCAUUAAUGCAGCAGGAAAAGAGAGUAGGCGAGACUACUCGCAAAGGGUUCUAUGUCUAUGAUGAGAAAAUCGAAGCUAGCCCGGAUCCUGAAUUAGAAAAAUAUAUUGACAAGUCAAGGAGCAUUUCUGGUGUAACCAUUGACCCUAAGCUAGAGAACUUACCAGAAAAGGAAAUUGUGGAAAUGAUAUUCUUUCCUGUGGUGAAUGAGGCCUGCCGAAUCCUUGAUGAAGGUAUUGCAGUCAAAGCGGCAGACCUUGACAUUGCUGCUGUUAUAGGCAUGGGUUUCCCACCUUACAGAGGAGGCAUCAUGUACUGGGCUGAUUCCCUCGGUUCCAAAUACAUAUAUUCGAGAUUGGAGGAAUGGUCAAAGACGUACGGAGAUUUCUUCAAGCCUUGUGCCUACUUGGCUGAAAGAGCUGCCGAGGGGGCUCCUCUGAGUUCUCCAGUAGAGGAAGCAGAUCUCCAUCGUAAGUAAUGAACAGACCAACGUUAACCAAAAUGGUAGCACUCUCAACAAGGCAACUCACCCAACGGCUAGUGCAUUUCAUAAGGAAACCCCAAAUCAAUUAUGUAUCUUAUUUCCUUUUUCGUAAACAAUAAAAGACUCGUAUAAAUUCUCUAUGAAUGAAUAAGAUCUGUGUACUACAAAAUUAUUCAAAUUGAUAAAUGAAUAAGAUCAGAUCAAUUUGCUGUUGCA